AGUAAAUUUCUAGAAAUUACGUGAUGACUCUUCCAUCUAGUUUAUAUACCCGUUGCCUGCAAAGCAGGUCAUUCACACUAAGCAUUGAGAGUAAUUAGCAAUUACAUUCCAUUCUCAAUUUACACAGUUCUAAAAUUUUCAUCAAAAUGUCGUUGAUUCCAAGUUUCUUUGGUGGCCGAAGGAGCAACACUUUUGAUCCAUUCUCUCUUGACGUUUGGGAUCCCUUCAAGGAUUUUCCAUUCUCCAAUUCUUCACUUUCUGCUUCAUUCCCUCGUGAGAAUUCUGCAUUUGCAAGCACACAAGUGGAUUGGAAGGAGACCCCAGAAGCACAUGUGUUCGAGGCUGAUCUUCCUGGACUGAAGAAGGAAGAAGUGAAGGUUGAAAUUGAAGGUGAUAGGGUUCUUCAGAUAAGCGGAGAGAGGAAUGUUGAGAAAGAAGAUAAGAACGAUCAAUGGCAUCGUGUGGAGCGUAGCAGUGGGAAAUUCAUGAGGAGGUUCAGAUUGCCUGAGAAUGCGAAAAUGGACCAAGUGAAAGCUGCAAUGGAGAAUGGUGUUCUCACUGUUACUGUUCCAAAAGAAGAGAUCAAGAAGCCUGAUGUUAAGUCCAUUGAAAUCUCUGGUUGAACUUAUAAUGAGUUCUGUCUGUUAUUAUGUUGCUUAAAAAUUAUUCGCGUCCUUCAGAGUGUUGGUUGUAAUGCUUACCUUUUGUGUGUGAUGUGGGUGUGAGUGAGUUAUCAUGUCAUAUGUGAAAUGUUGCUGAAUAAAUAAAUUAUUAAUUCUCCAAUUUUUCCUUCAAGUUCACUGGAGUAUUGAUUCUUUUGCAAUCCUUCAUAAUUUCCCUUGUGUAUUUCAUUUGGCAUAUUAAGACUCAUUUGUUAUCUUGCCUAACUUCCAUUCCUAGACAACGUGGUCAUCACACUGAGCUCUAUGAUCUCAGAUGCUUGGAGCAGUAAAUCAUGAAUAAUGCUAGGAUUCUGAUUGAUCUUAUUUUUGAGGAUGAUACAUGAUGGAUGAUGAAUAAUGCUAGGAGUUUGGUUAAUCUCAUAUUGGAUUAUGAUACCAUGUCUUCUGUAAUAAGCUCUAUAAAAAUCUCCUCUAGUUAAAUUAA